AGUAAACCCCAAUUUUUAUUCUCCAGUCAUUUUAGUAAGUUAUUAUAUGGGAAACAUGCCCAGCAGAACCAUAUGCAUUCAACUGAAAUAGUCUCUAUAGAAAACAGUAGGCUGAUGGUGAAAUAAAAUACCACUCUCUUUUCUCUUAUCAGGUUGACCCUUAAAUAAAACAAAAAUCUACCCAGUAAAAGGGCUUUCAUGAAGAAAUUAAAGAGAUAAAUUACAAGCAAUAGAGAAACAAGGCAUUUUUAUAACUGGAAAAACCACCUAAACAACUGUAUGGAGUAAGACGAAAGGAGUGAUUACAUCAGGAAGAAAUUUUACUUAGUGUGAUAUUUUUGCCUACUUUUUUGUCAUAAAAGGCUGCUAAGGAAGAGGGGAUAUAGUUUUCUAGAGAAAGAAAGAGUGUAAUAUAAAAAUGGAGAUCACAGUUCCUGAAAUACAAGUAGAAAGCAAGAAUGAGAAGAGAUCAGCAGAAGUUAGUCCUCAGAAUGAGAGGCAGGAGGAAAAAGCAUCGACGCUUUGCUUCAAGAGAAGAAAGAAAGCAGCCAAAGCAAUGAAGCCCAAAGUUGGCUCUGAAGCUGCUGAUGCAGCAAGGAAGUGUCCCCCAGAAGCAGGAGCUUCUUAUCAGCCAGAGCCCCCCCGGGGGGCCUGGGCCUCCAUCAAACGCCUUGUAACGCGCAGCAAAAGGUCAGACUCUUCAAAGCAGCAAAAGCCCUUUGAGGCCAAAGUGCAACCUGAAAUCAAUGCUGAGGAUGAUAAUUCUAAAAAAAAGGCAAAAUCCAGACUCAAGAUUCCCUGUAUAAUAUUCUCAAAAGGGGAGAAAAGAAGUAAUCAUUCCAAAAUUAUAGAAGACUCAGACUGCAGUAUCAAAGUCCAACGAGAGGCUGGAAGUUUGGAUACAAAAACUCUGACCCAAUCAGAUGACCAGGCAGCAAAGACCAAGUUGAAGCAGGAUGUAAGGGAAGAUGUCUCACAGAAAGGGAGUGAUGAGGUCUGUCAAUCAAAUGUGAACAACAGCGUAACCUCUCCUGGAGAGAAAGUGAUUUCAGUAGAACUUGAGUUAGAUACAGGGCAUUCUGCUAUUCAAACAGGAACUCUAAUCCUUGAAAAAGAUAUUGAAACGCUUGAGGAAAAACAAAGCAUUCAACCUCAGCAAGCAAGCCCACUGGAAACUUCAGACACAGAACACCAGCUCCCAGUGGUUUCUGAUGUUCCUCCCUCACCUGCAGUCCCAGAUCAACAAAUUCUGGAAGAAGCCAGAAACAGUAUCCUAGAAAGUGGACCAGAUUGGAAAGACCGUGAAAGUAAAGAGACUGUUGCUGAGGAGAGUAAGCCGAAAGAUACUGAACUGAGCCAGGAAUCAGAUUUUCAAGUAAAUGAAAUCACUGCAGAAAAACCCAAACCGGAAGAAAGCAAAAGAAUGGAGCCAAUUGCUAUUAUUAUCACAGACACUGAAAUCAGUGAAUUUGAUGUUAAGAAAUCUAAAAAUGUCCCUAAGCAAUUCUUAAUUUCAAUCGAAAAUGAGCAAGUGGGGGUUUUUGCUAAUGGUAGUGGUUUUGAGAGUAGAACUUCAGAACAAUAUGAAACACUCUUAAUAGAAACAGCUUCUUCUCUUGUCAAGAAUGCUAUCCAGUUGUCUAUAGAACAGCUGGUUAAUGAAAUGGCCUCUGAUGAUAAUGCAAAAAGCAAUCUUCUACAGUGACUUAAUUUCCACAUCAUGGGAGGGAAAAAAUGCUUAAUGGUAAAUUAUUUUACACAUUUGUGGCAUUUCUUAUUCAGUAACAAAUGAGAGAUUUAACAUCUGUAGAAUUUAAAGGUACAUUUCCAACCCAGAAGUGCUAAAGAAUUAAGUUAUAAAACCCUCCCUUAUCACUGAAAUGUAGCCACUUCUGGAUUGGAGGAAGUCAGUACAGACUGCAAUGAAAAGUGAUAUCCAGGAAAUUGCUAAAAUGGUUUGUGGAGAUUAGACUGCUUGGGAGAAGCAAGAUGUAUUUAUUGAGCACUUGCGCUAUGCCAUAAGCUCUUUAAUGUCCUCUGAUGUCACAAAGCCUGGUUUCCUUUUAAAAGUUCAACACUGUGUAUAGGUUAACAUCGCAUUCUGCUCUCAACAACUUUUUUUUCACAGUGCACUUUUAUGUUGUAUAAAAUGGUGAAUAAGGUGAGCUAUUUUUGUGAAUGUGUGACUUACAGCUGUUAUACUCCUAGGCAGUAGUCUUACCUCAAAAAAAUACUGCAAACCAAAAAAAUAGUUUGAUUAAACAUGAGUGGUUUUCUAGUCUUGCUCAAGUUCCUCACAAAAGCCAUUCACAAGUUACUUCAAACAGGCAAAUAAUUACCAAGUGCAGAGCUGUGGAAACAGGGAGUGCAUUUUCCAUCUCCAUCUUUCUUCUGCCCCAAGCAGACCUGUAUAAAAAUCCACUUGCGCAUGGGAUCAUCUGCUGAAAAGCUAAAAACAAAAAACAAAACAACAGGGCUUCCCUGGUGGUGCAGUGGUUAAGAAUCCGCCUGCCUAUGCAGGGGACACGGGUUCGAGCCCUGGUCCAGGGAAGAUCCCACAUGCCACAGAGCAACUAAGCCAGUGCAUCACAACUACUGAGCCUGUGCUCUAGAGCCCGCGAGCCACAACUACUGAGCCCGCGUGCCACAACUACUGAAGCCUACGCGGCUAGAGCUUGUGUUCCGCAACGAGAAGCCACCGCAAUGAGAAGCCCGUGCGCUGCAACAAAGAGUAGCCCUCGCUCGCCGCAACUAGAGAAAGCCCACACGCAGCAACAAAGACCCAACUCAACCAAAAAAUAAAUAAUUUUUAAAAAUUAAAACAACAAAACAACAACAAAAAGUGGAUUAUUUUCCAUCCAGGAGAAGACAAACUUCCCAAGUAACAAAUUAUCACAUAUAACACACGAUUCAUCUUGCAAGAUUAAAUCUCUGGAGACUGUAUUCAUCAAUCUCUCCUCAAAGAGGGGAGAGUGGACUCAAAGCAAACCUGGCAGUAAAAGUCAUAGGAAAUCAUAAUAAUUUAGUGAAAAUAUUCAUGCUUGGCUAAGAAUGAGCCAAAUAUAUCUUUCAUUGUGCCUAUGUGUUGAGAGACACCAGUAAAAAUUUUACACGGAUAUUGAAAAUAAACUUUUUCAUCAGUACUUUUAGUCCAGCUAGUCCCUAACAACAACAAAAAAAUUGAACUUAAUAUAACAAUGAGAAGGGCUUGUUUGCAUUUUAUUCAGUUAUUUAAAUCAUCGAUCUCAAUGACUGCCACAUUUUUUGAAAAAAUAAUUGUUUCAACCUUUCCUUGUGUGAAAUGGCCCUAAUACUGCAACACACUUCCCUACCUCACAGGUCAGUGUUCCUAUCUUACAGUCCUCCACUGUCUAAACUGAAUGACAGUGUCACUCUGAAAGCAGAUGAAGUAAUGAAGAGCUUUUGCUUGAGUUGUAAGGUAUUUGUAUUCUUGGAGAAAAGAAUGUACAUUAGAUGAUUUCAAAUGAUCUGGUGACUUCCUUCAUUAUUUAUGGAUUGCAUACAGAAAGUAUGUGCUAAUUUGUCCCAUAGAAUCUUUGUUUCUUCCUGUAAGUACAUAUUGAGACCUCUGGCAGAAGAACCUAAUCUGACUUUGAAACUGAACCAGAUAAUGGAUAUUAUUAGCAAGAUUCUUUGCUGAAGUGUAAAGGUAUUCCCGGUAUUCCCCCAGAUUUUCCUACCUUCAUGCUUAUAACCUUGGGGGCGGGGGGGCGGUGGAAGAGGGAAACUACCAAAAUCCUUCAGUUUCACAAGAUGAAAAGUGGAUCUUUCAAAACAUGACCCAAGAAAUCAAUUUCAUUUAAUUGUAUAAUUUUUAAACAUUUUUUUAAAAAAGACUGCUAAGUCAUCCUCCCUAAAAACUCUUUUUAAUUCACUGUAUGUGGUGCUAAUGGACUUGGACAGCUACCAGCAACUACAUAUUUAAAAGUGAGCAAUUUAAAAAGACUGAUUAAAGUUGGUGCAUUUAACAGUGUUUUGAAGAAUCCUGCCUUCAUUUACUGCAAGGACGGCUCAAGCCAUAUACUUUCAUUGUAAAUUUUUAGUAAUUUCUCAUGAAUGAGCAAAAAGUAUAGCAUUUACCAGUUAUUGAAAAUAUUUUGAAAUGUGUAGGGUAGGUAUAUUUAUUUGGGAGUUUUAAAAACGUGAGGUAAAUAUGUGUAAUGAAAUUCUUCUAAGAAAGUAACAUUUUAUCUAAGUAGUCCUAGGUUUCUAUUUUUUUUCCACCGUGGUGUGGUACAUAUUUGGUUAGAAUGUAUUAUAAUUGAUUGUUUUUGUGAUGAAAUGUGUACUCUAUUUGCAUUCAUACUUAAGUGGUUUCUCCUCAAUCUUUUCUAUUGAGAAUAUCUGGUGAAUUAAAUAAGUAGGAUCCAGUUUGAAAAAGGAUUCCAGAAAUUAAUCGGUCUCAAUCUGAUUAUAUCUGCUACAUGGCCAAAUCCUACUACUAUGAAUUGUACGGUGGUCUAAAUUGUUUUGUUAUAGAAAUAAUUAGGAAUCAGAUGACUUAGAAGUUUCUCAUAAAAUAUUUUUUUAUUUUAAUGGUAUUUAUUUUAAGCAAUUUGACCUUAUACGCAAGACAUUAAAUGAAUAUAAAUAGGUUCUUAUUCAAUUCACAUCCAUUUGACAAUAUUAAAAUAUCAAUUAAAAGGCAAUUUAAUAACACCACAUUAAUUUUCCUUUAAGUUUGCUGUGGUAUAAAUGCUGCUUUUAGUGAACAUUUAUUAAGCAGCUGGGAUUCAGUUUCCCUUUGAACUCAUAAUAUGACAAGGCUGGUUGGUUUAUCAGAUAACUUCUGCAGCACAUUAUCUUCCCCCUUUUAAGAUUCAAGUAUCAUUCAGUUUGCUUUACAACAAGCGGAUACAAAAAUCCUCCUCUAUUUUGUGUACCACUAUUCACUUAACGUUUUCUCAAAGUACUUUAUAGGAUAUAAAAAUAGUCCCUGGUCACAUUUAAGUAAAGGUAGCAGAAAACAGAAGAACAUUCAAAGAGGAAUCAUGUUCCCUGCCACCUCCUCCACCUCAAGGAAUAAUAAGCAUUUGGCACAAAUGGAGUUCUUCAGAAAAGCUGUCAGCAUAAUUUUCUUUGAAGGUAAUCCAUUUGACAGCACGAAGUUUGUGAUCUUAAUUGGUCUACUAUUUAAUGAAGUCUUAAAAACUGAUUUAUUUCUGAGAGAUUACGUUAUUUCACCAAUAUGUGUGAACAGCCUUCCAGCUAAAGGCUUUUAGAAAAUAAUGGAUCAUGAGAGGGCACCAGUCGAGUCUGGCUUCUGCAAAAAAUCCAGAGUUAACUUCAUCCAUAAGUUUCUAACUUCAAGUUGCCUUAUUUUUUUAUAGUUAAUAAUUAAUUUUGGGGGGGGAUUUACAGCAGAAUUAACAUAAUUAUUAGGCUUUAGAAUCCCAUUGUUUGAAAAUACCCCUUUAAUGUCAGCUUUAUUCAAAUGUGUUGUUUAGUCUGCUUUCUAAUUUCACCUGAUACUCAAUACAUUAGGGGUGGACUUUUCUGCCUGCCCUUUCUGUAUUUUUAAACAUCCUCAUUUAAGGUUUAGCGUUUCUUAGUUUCAAAUUCCUAUGAUGUUUUAUUGCUUCACAAACAUGAAGUUUCUCAUUAUACAGAAUUCAAAAUUUCAAUAUAUAGUACAUUUUAUGGCACAUUUUUGAAAAGUUUUUUUGUAAUCCUUAGUUACAAAAAUUUAACAGAAAGAAACUACUUAAAUUUAGAUUAAAUUCAAUUUAUUCAACAUGUGUUGGGUAUGACACAUGCCAAACACUGAUAAAGGGGACAGGCUCCCUGCCCUCGAAGAGCUCAACCUAGACAGCCGCAGCAACUGAAACUUGGACAGGGGUUAAGGCAAAGAACCACAGUAAUGCAGCAUCGUGAGUGCAUGGAGACCAAAGAGAAAGAGACUCAUUUUGUCUGGUAUGGGGAGAUGGUCAUAUAAAUACAGGGGCAGUUUGAUAGCAUUCGGUUGCUAAAUAGCUUAAAAGUAUAUUCCUUCUGAUUUGUGAACAGGUGCAGAAAAAAGCCUGCAUAAUGUUACAUAUUUAUAGUAGUUCUUUGUAAAAAUGUUAAGUGGAUGAGCUAUUAUGAAAGCAGAAGUUCCAAUUUGUAUUUCUCAUUAAAAUUAGUACUAUAUUAUUGUGGAUCAGAUGCGAAUAUUAAAGAAAUAAUACUCUGUAGAAAAAAGGUUUCAACCUGAAUUAAUAUAUGUACUGUUAAUACAAAAUAAAUGUUAUAUUGGCUCAUGUUUAUUUUAUUUAUCCAAAUCUUUUAAAAGAAACGUGGUAUAGUACAGUAAUUUCCUAAAACCAUAAAGAUCACACUGAUUGAAACUACUGAGUUAGCACCACCAAAAGUUCUAUUCUCCUGAGUGUUGGCCAGACUUUACGAGACAUGCCUAAAAGAGCCCACCUCCAGCAAAGAGAAACACAAACACCUCGAACUUACAUUCAAUUUCACUGAAAUAAUUCCAUCUAAAGGGCAAUUCUGGCUUUGAUGCCAUCUAUGAACUUGACAGAAGUGUACUUGUUUUCAUCAUCUCUUGCUAUUGUCAGUAGUUGUCUUUUCUGUAUUAACCUAUAAAUUGUUAAUAAUCUGUAUGGUUUUCCAAAUUACUAAGCGAUCUUUAUGUGGAAAUGCUUAUUCAGAUGGUGCCUGCUAAAGCUGGGUGUUUCAAAAGUUCUGUGUUUAUUAAGACACUGAUUUUCUUCCCUUAACAUCAGCAACCCUGUUUUUUUCUUAAGCACAGCCCAAUGAAAAUAAAUAGGCACUAUGAAAGAAUGUGCUUUCCAAAUCUUGGGACCAAUUUAAACUUGAUAGCGUCUUAAAAGUCCUAAAACUAAACUUUGUUCCCAAAUAAAAUGUCUUGUUAAGGUACACUGUACAUAGGGUAUUUAAUAUUUCACACUUUGCAGAAUUUAAAAAAUUUUAUU